AUGACUGGUAUCAGAAUAUGGUUGUCAAAAUGCGCGAAUGGUUGCAGAGGAGUAAAGGAAGAUGUGCUGUCUAAACUUAGAAGGAUAGCGAGAUCCAUUUCAAUUGCAGAAAGUGAAAGAGCAAUUGAUGCUUUGAAGAGGUCUGUUUAUUGGGAAGACAAGGCGUAUGCUGGUCUGGUGGAUUACAUUGAGAGAUACUGGCUUUCCAUAAAGAAGAGAUGGAUUUGGGCAUAUCGACAAGAGAGACUUCUACUCAACUGCAAUACAAAUAAUGGCACAGAGCGGCAAAACGAAUCCUUUAAGUAUCAAUACUUGCAGAAGCAUAGUCGCACAUCUGUCACCGGAAUGCUAUCAAUUCUUGUCGAAGAUUUUUUUGUGGACAAAUAUGAAAAGUAUCGAGAAAUGAAUUUAAAGUUUCACUCGAAUUAUAGACGGUAUGCCAAUGAUAUUCCUCUAUAUUUGCAAAAUCGACCGCACAGCAUGGUUCGCCAUUGCAUGGAACGAAAUUCUGCAGCUGAGUCAAUUAGCAAAAGCUCUAUAAAAAUUGUUGGAAAUGGAGAGUUUCAUCUGAAAAGUACGAAUCCAGUGACAUUAGAACCGCAUCUUUUGCUUUUUGGAGAUGAAAAUAACAUGCCUCAUUGCAGCUGCUAUGACUGGCGAACGUCAGCCUACCCAUGCAAGCAUUUCUUUGCUGUUUUUGAACAUUAUCCGGCCUGGUCGUGGGAAGCGUUACCCACAUCGUACAAAAAUUCAGUUUUUCUAAUUUUGGAUGAAACGUUCGACUUUCCAGUGAUGAGAAGCGAAGAAAUUUCAACAUCUUCUCAAAACGACAAUUUGAUAUCACCAGAUGAAGACGAAAAAAGCACAGAUGACGAUGAAAUGGAAAUUGCAGGAGGAAAUGUGGUCAAAGAAUACAUGCUGCUCGACAAUAAAGCCGUUGAUACAAAGAAGGACAGCAAUAUGACAUCUGACACUGAUGCAGGCCAAACGAAAGAGUCUGGGGGGCAUGCUACAGGUCCCAAAAUUCGUGAUACCCUGACGGACAUAAGAAGACUGACGUUCUUAAUAGAAAACAAACCCGAGUUGCUUGGCAAACUUAAUGAAAAAAUUUCGGAAAUAAGAGAGAUGCUAUAUAGCUGGGUUCCGAAAGAAAAGGGCAUUCUCCUGCGACCCAGUGUUUUUCAACAAUUCGAAAAAAAACAGAACACCAUCAAAAUGAAAAGUCUCUCUUUAAGGAAGAGAAAGUGUCCCUUUGGUGGAAGAGUUGGGGAGAAAAGAGAAAAAUAUGUUAAGGCGUCAAAAAUUGCCAUCAGCUCAGAGAACGGAAAAAAGCAGAAUACUACCGAGGAAGUAUUAAUUCAAAACGAGCAAGGGCUGCUUGGUGAUGAGGAAUUUAGCACCAAGGCAGUGCUGCCUGGAGCCAAUGAUAUGUUGAAUAAUGGUGAGGAGGAAGAAACAUCACAGCAAACAAGGCUGACACUGAGACAGCAUUUGACAAAAGCUGACUUGAAGUCCAUUUCAGACCAUGAGAUGCUAAAUGAUACAAUUAUACAUGUAUACCAAGGAAUGAUCCACGCCAAUAUCCAGAAACAGGUGGGCUGCAGGAUCCAAUUCUUGGUCAAAAAUUUUCUUUUAGCAUUUAUCAAAGCAAGCCAUUUGUGCAGAUACUACAUGAUGGAAAUUAUCAUUGGAUUGCCAUUAGCACAUAUGACUGUGAACCAGGAGAGGUUUAUUAUAUGGAUAGUUUAUUUCGGGGAAGAAUCUCUGAAAAAGUAAAGCAACAAAUAUGCUCUAUUUUGCAUUCUGAGAAAAAAAGUUUGAAAAUUAAAGUUCUCCCUGUUCAGCAACAGACAAAUGGUGUUGACUGUGGGAUUUAUGCAUUGGCAUUCAUUUUUUAUUAUGUUAAAAACAAAAAAUAUCCAAUUGAUGUGACUUUUGACCAAAUAUUGAUGAGGCAUCACCUAUUAAGAGCCUUAACAGCAAACAGAUUGGAAGAAUUCCCUUUGGUGAACAAAGGAGGACGUAGAUGUGUCCAGAAAGAAUUUGAGAUACAGCUACAUUGUAAUUGUCGUAUGUGUUGGGUUCCAUCAGACAACAAUUCAUUUUGCAGGUAUGUUAUUCUUUACCAUUUGUUGUAAAGAAAAUUUAAAAGUAAUGCUGCAUUUUUGUUGUAAAAAGUCCUUACCAUCCUGAAAAAAUCAAUAAAAAACAUUUUAGAAAUGAGUGAUAAUACACAAUUUGCUACAAUUUUUCAGAGUAAAUAGCCAAGUUGAUACAUAAUUAUAAAAUAAAUUACUGUUGUUUACAACAGUAACCAAACAUACAUUUUUUGUAUAUUUCAGUCUUGAUUGAAUUAAAUAUGUUUUCCAUUUUGAAAAUAAUUGAACUGUACUGUCAGAUCAAAAUUCAAACAAUUGUUUAUGAUUAUAAACUUAUACUGCAUAAAUACUUCAACAGGCAUAUGGUUGAAUGCUGCAAGUGUAACCAGUGGUUUCACAGAAUGUGUGAACGCAUACCGACAGAAGUAUUUGUUAAAAAGCAUCUUCAAUGGUUUUGCAAUGAAUGUACAAAGAAGAAAUAGAAUUUUAAAUAACAUUUGUAGGCUAAAGUACUUAUGGUUUUAGUAUACUUGUUUCUUUUUGAGUAAUUUUUAAGUCAGACCAAAUCAGUUUUAACAAUUUGUAUUGGUCACAACAUUGCGUUACGAAAUAAGCAUGACUUGUUAAAGUAGGCUUCUUCAAUGAAAAUUUUUUAGCCUUCUCCCAAAUCCACUAAAUACUUCUUUUAUAAAAGUUUAGCUGCAAUUCAAAAGCACAAUUUAUGAAAAGUAAUGAUAAUGAUCAAAACUGAUAUGGUCUUAACCUUUAACUUGGACUCCUUUUGGCAGCAGACACUUAUUUUUGCCCUUAUCAGCAACCAAUUGAUAAAAUUUCUAUCUGUUGGGGCAUUCACUACAAGGUAUUUAGCACUUGAUUUCAAAUCAUAUAUUCAGCUUAAACAAUGAUAUUGUAAGGUUAGCAACUGUUACAUUACUUGUAAAGGAAAACUAUCUUGCUUUCUGUAAAACUUAUGUAGAAGGAAAUGUUUUAUUAGAUUACUGUUUUUGUCAUCAUUAGAUAACAGUUUGCCUCAUAGCUUGGUAUCUCUAUUCUUGAGUACUGUGUGCUUUAUAUGUGAAACCCUGUCUAACAGAAAGAUACAUAAGGUGUUACUCCAGUUUUAACAUCCAGUAUCUCUUCUCACUAAUGUUUGUGGCGGCAGAAACAUUUUCUCAUAGCAAAACCAAUUACGGUGGUUGUUGGGAGGGUGGGCAUAUUUUAUCUAUCCCCAAUUCCCAAAGACUUUAAUACUAAUUUUCCCAAGGACCAAUGAUUUCCAAUAAACAAAAGGAUAUCCAAAGAUUUUCAGAAAAAACAAUGGGAUUUCCACGAAAGGUGUACAAGAUUUUCAUGGAGUGAUUUGUACCCCUCGAUUUUUCCAAUUGGUGCUUUCAUGUCAAGUGUAUUGAUGCGGAAUAACUGAUAAGAACUAGAAAUAAAUGAAGAAAAUUUCAAUAAGUGACAAAGAAGGUCAAUGUCAAUAGUCUUCCCACUUACUACACAGAAUUGAGCUACGAGUAGAACAAUAGCACUGUGACAAUAGUCUCUUGCCUCUCCACCGAGGUUAUGAGGCUAAGCGGAGGAGAAAUCAUAUGCCUGUUAUAUGCGGAGGAGAACUAUCAUGAAUUAUCUCCCACCUCAAACUGAGGCAUGUUAUUUUUCAUCUACCCGUGCUUUGCUCUUUCAAAUGAUACCAAGUUUUUAUCGAUACAGAUUGCGAAUUAUUUUUACUGUUGAAUCAAAAAAUCCGAAUUUUCUCAAGAGGAAUAUCAGCUGACUGUUUAUCCCGACUCAGGUUAGUGUUUUUAUCGUACAUUUUGCUGGCUUUUUAUGUGUUUUAGGCCCUUGUUUUAUUCCUUUUAUACUGAAGGUAAAAUAACGUUUGAUCGCAGAACCUUUCAGAAUUUUUAAAAUUCGAUUUAUUUGCAUAAAUUUGUAGAUUUCAGUUCUAAAAUGAGUUUUUUACUGUUACAGGCCUAAACUUUGUGAAAAAUGUCUUCGUCCAGUGACCUAAGUACCUCAGAAUAUGAUUCAGACGGAGAUCUAAGUGAAAGUAGCUCCGCUAGCUCUGAUGUUGUCAGUAGGCCGCGACCAAACGACAACGAAGACAGCUCUGAUGAAGAUAGGGAGGAUGAGCUUUCAGUUUCUUCCAAAAAGAAGCCUCCUUUGAAAAAACAACGAAGGCUCAUAGCCAGAAGGAAAACUUCAUCUCCAGUAAGGCAAGCAGCCUCAAGCUCAACAACAUUAGCUGAUUCAGACUGGAAAGAAGGUUAUCCAACUGAAGAUAAUUAUGUUCCAGAAUUAAAAUUCAUGCCAAAUAGAGUGCCAGGUAUUCAAGUUGACGCAAGGACCCGUGCAGGAAGAUUAUCCAUGCUUGCAAAUGAA